AUGGUGAACGGUCCCGGACUUUACUCCGAUAUCGGCAAAAGAGCCCGAGAUCUUUUGUUCAAAGAUUAUCAGAAUGACCACAAGUUCACAAUCACCACUAAGACUUUUACUGGAUUGGAAGUUACUUCAAGUGGAGUCAGGAAAGGUGAGAUUUUUUUGGCUGAUGUUAGUACCAAGUUGAAGAACAAUAACAUCACUACUGAUGUCAAAGUUGACACUAAUUCAAAUCUACUCACAACCAUUACUGUGGAUGAAGCUGCACCUGGUCUCAAGACAAUUUUUAGCUUCACUCUACCAGAUCAAAAAUCUGGCAAGGUGGAACUACAAUACCAGCAUGAUUAUGCUGGGAUCAAUACUAGUAUUGGGUUAACAGCAAGUCCUGUUGUUAACAUCUCUGGUGUGCUUGGAAAUAAUUUGGUUUCUGUUGGGUCAGAUGUUUCUUUUGAUACUGCCACUGGCGACUUUAUCAAGUACAAUGCAGGGUUGAAUGUUACUCAUGCUGACCUUAUCGCGUCUCUAACUCUCAAUGAUAGAGGUGACACCCUUAAUGCCUCGUAUUACCAUGUUGUGAACCCACUGACUAACACUGCUGUUGGGGCAGAGUUUUCACAUAGCUUUUCCAGCAAUGAGAAUAUACUCACCAUUGGCACACAACAUGCUCUAGACCCAAUAACCUUGUUGAAAGCUCGGGUGAACAACUAUGGCAGGGCAAGUGCUCUGAUCCAGCAUGACUGGAGUCCCAAAGCACGUUUUUCUCUAGUUGGGGAAGUAGAUACUGCAGCCAUUGACAAGAGUGCAAAGGUUGGUCUUGCUGUGGCCUUGAAGCCUUAG